CUUGACUUGAGGGAUGGUGGAAUGGAACUUGGGAAGUACAUUAAAGUCUGCAAAAAAUGGAAAAUAGCUGAACACAAACCGCGAAAUUCCCCAACUUAUUCGAAACAAACAGGAAAUCACACAAUGGGAUCAGCUGCAUAGAUACCCUGACACCCAUUUUUUGGUAACUAAAGAGUUAUAACAAUCGCCAUGUUCACGAGACGUUUGUUUCAGAAGGCCGUCCGUCGUCAUCAGUUCCAAGAAAAGGGUUUAUUGACGUCGGAUGACGUGAAUGUCCGGAUCGAUGUGCACUAUGGGAUUCCUUCCACGGCGUCGAUUGUUGCUUGUGAUCAGAUACAGCGCCUGCUGGCGAUUGGCACAUUGGAUGGUAGGAUUAAAGUAAUUGGUGGUGACAAUAUUGAAGGGCUUCUGAUUUCACCAAAGCUUUCGCCUUACAAAUACUUGGAGUUUCUGCAGAAUCACGGUUUCUUAGUUAGCAUCACAAUUGACAAUGAUAUUCAGGUUUGGGAUCUGCAGAGGAGGUCAAUAGCUUGUAGCUUACAGUGGGAGUCUAACAUAACCGCGUUCUCUGUAAUCAGCGGCUCGUCUUUUAUUUAUGUUGGUGAUGAAUAUGGAUUGAUAUCUGUCCUGAAGUACGAUCUGGACAGUGGACAGCUUCUGCAAAGUGGUUAUCGAGUAACUCCAGAUUCUCUUGCUGAAGCAGCUGGAAUCUCAUUCACGAAUCAGCAACCUGUAGUUGGACUUCUUCCUCAGCCUUUGUCUUCUGGAAAUAGGCAAGAUCAUAUCCGUCUUAGCUUUUAUCAGUUAUUGAUUGCUUAUGCUAGUGGGGUAAUCAUUCUCUGGGAUGUGGUAGAAGCACAUGUAGUUGUUGUUCGAGGUGACAAGGCCCUCCAAUUGAAAGACACAGUUAUUCACCCAAAUGAUAUAGAUUCCAAUUCUGUAGAUGAUUCACCUUCCCAUGAAUUUGAAGAGAAAGAGAUCAGUGCUCUGUGUUGGGCAUCUACUGAUGGAUCUAGCAUUGCAGUUGGGUAUGUAGAUGGGGAUAUUUUAUUUUGGAAUACAUCAAAAGAUUCUUAUAUGAAAAAUCGGGAAGCUGGUAUGCCACCGAAUGUUGUCAAGCUACAGUUGUCCUCUGCCGAGAAGAGGCUCCCUGUCGUUGUUUUGCAUUGGUUAGACCACAGCAAAUCCCGUAACAGUCAAGAAAGUCAACUUCUCGUAUAUGGUGGUGAUGAGAUAGGAUGCGAAGAAGUUGUUACAGUUCUGAAUCUUGAGUGGUCACCUAGAAUGGAAUCAGUAAAAUGCAAAGGUCGUGUGGACCUCGCUCUUACUGGAUCUUUUGCUGAUAUGAUUUUGAUACCUUCUGCUGGUACAGCUGGGAAUGAUAUAGAUGCAUCUCUGUUUGUAUUGAUGAACCCUGGUCGUAUACAUAUUUACGAUACAGGCAGUCUGUCUUUGUCAGAAGAAACCAUCUCUCCUUUAAAUUUUCCUUCAUGUAUACCGACUGCUGAUCCUUUGAUGACUGUGGCUGAGAUUUUUGAUAUGUAUAGAAGCAUUGAGAAUGUAGGAUCCAAGAUGAGUGUAAUGAAUUCAGCUUUGAUGCUGCCUGGGAAUAAAAAGUGGCCCUUAAAUGGGGGUGUAAUUAACCGUGUAUCUUCUACUGAAGAUGACAAAGCCCAGAUGUUAUAUGUAGCAGGCUAUCAGGAUGGAUCUGUUCGAAUCUGGGAUGCGACGUAUCCUGUUUUCUCACUCCUCAGUGUUUUGAAAAACGAGUUUAACAGUGAAAAUGCUGGUGCCUCAUUGACCGUCCUUGAUUUAUCCCCCGCCACUUUGAGAUUAGCUGUUGGCAGUGAAUGCGGCAUGGUCCGAAUUUACAACCUUUGUAGCAGUGGUGAAACAAGACUUCUUUUUGUUUCAGAAACUGAAACUGAAGUUCACAAUUAUGCCCAAGUCCAAGGACCUAGAUGUGAAGCUGUAUUCAACCUUGACAAAUCAGGAGUCCGUUCAUUGAAAUUCACAGACGAUGGCUCCAAACUUAUCGUUGGAUAUGAAUGCUCUCGAGUGGUAGUGAUAGAUGUGCAUUUGUUAUCUGUUGCAUUUAUGACCGAAUCCAUCCACAAUUCUCCAGUGAUAUCGAUAUUCUGUAAAGCCAUUGUUUAUGAAGCAGCUAAACACACCAAUGAUUCUGCACCAAAAGUUCCACAUUGCUGUACAGAAGAAUGCAUAUUUUUAUUAACCAAAGGCGCAAGUAUAUACGUUAUCAACAGUAAUAAUGGUAGCAUGAUUAGCUCCAAGCCUAUACAGUUGAAGAAGUCAACAGCUGUUUCAUUGUAUGUUAUAGGCAGUAAUCCGGAAGGUCCCAAUUCUGAUGAUAAACAACCGCAGCAGCUAAAUGAUGAUACCAUAAGAAAUGAACUUUCUCAAAAUGAAGCUCAAGAUAGUGAAAAAUGUGAAACUGGCGACCACACUUUGGAUAAAAAUAAAAAUUUCCGUGUACAGAGUUUGAAGGAGUUAUAUGUCUUGCUUUGUUGUAAAGAUUCACUGCGAAUAUACCCAGCCAAGUCUGUGGUCCGUGGAGAAAAUAAACCUAUGUGUAAUGUCAAACUUUUAAAGCCCUGCUGUUGGACUGCAGUUUUCAGGAAAUCUGAAAAGGUUUAUGGAUUGGUAGUAAUCUAUGAGACAGGAGUGAUUGAGAUCAGAUCGUUGCCUGAUCUGGAAUUGGUUAAAGAAUUUCCUUUGAUGUCGUACUUAAGGUGGAAUGUCAAGGCAAACAUGGAAAGGAUGAUUAGCUCUACUGAAAAUUUACUUCUUACCUUGGCAAAUGGCUUUGAAGUGGCUUUUAUCUCUUUAUUAGAGGGUGAAAAUGACUUCAGAAUUCCAGAGAGCCUGCCUAGCCUUCAUGAUGAAGUUCUUGCAGCUGCAGCUAAUGCUGCAUUUAGUGUUUCUGAACCUAAGAGGAAACAGGGCAGUAGUCCCGGCAUUUUGGGUGGUAUUGUUAAAGGAUUAAGAAGAAAGAAAUCAAACAAGUCAAUUUGGUAUGGCUCGAAUUCAGUAUCUGAUUUCAAUCAUCUGGAGGAUAUCUUCAUGAGAAACCCACUUCCAGAACCAUCAACAACUGUAGAUGAGCACGAAGCCACUGAACUCAGUAUA